AUGAUCUUACAACUCCUCGCUGUCCUCGGCAGCCUCGGAGGGGGAGAACAUGCACAGCGUUGCUUCGUGUCGGUGUAUGAGUCCGGGAGCACGGACUCCACGCCCGUGCUGCUGGAUUACCUGCGGCGGGUUUUAGACAUUCUGGGGGUACCCAACCGCAUUGUGACCGGAGGGGAUAUCAACCGGGAGCAGCAGCUGCAGAAGCUGCGGCAGCAGCAGCAGCAGCAGCGGCGGAGACGGCGGCGGACCGAGGGCCGUCGGUGGCUGCGCUGGGGCGACCCACAGGCGGCGAACCUAGGCGGCGAAGACCGCAUCCGCUUCCUGGCGGCAGUCCGCAACGCGGUCAUGGAGCCUCUCGUGGACCCGCCGCCGCCACGUCACGGUCGUGGUACGGAAAUGCCCUGUGCCGCCGCUGCCGCAGCAGCCGGGGAACACGUUACGGACUGUACCAUUAGUACAGCCAGCGGCAGUAGCCCGCUGAAAAUGGAUCGGGUCAUAUUCAUCAACGACGUGUUUUUCUGUGCCAUGGAUGUACGGCGGCUAUUGCGGUACGACAGCACUGACAUGGCGUGUGGGAUGGACUUUGUGCCUGCCGCUCUGUGGCUGCUAACCAAGCCGGAACGCGAACGGCUCAUGGCGGACCACCUCAGUGGUGGCCUGGGUGUGCCGCGACGCUGGGCAGAGGGUCUCAGUCACUCCUGGCUGCCGUUCAAAAUCUGGAAAAAGAUGUACGGCAAAUCGCGGGCGUUCUGGCCCUGGUCAUUCCCCGUGUUUUACGACAUGUGGGUUUCACGUGACGCGUCCGGCAACCGGAUCCGAAACCGCGAGCCGUACUCUUUGGAGCCCUGGACCGCUGACCGUUUGGCGCAGGGCGUCCCGACCCCUGCGUAUUGUUGCUGGAACGGACUCGUGAACCUGCGUGCGGAGCCCUUUUUGCGGGGGAGAACGACGGCGCUGACGGCGGCGGCGACGACGACACGGCGGCGGCGGUCGACAGCGGCGCCCGCCGCCGCUGACGAUAAUGACGUUGAGGGUACGAUGUGGAACGGUGGCGGCGAUGAUGACGGCAGUGAGAACUACUACUACCCGGACGAUCGCGGGGAGGCGGCUGAGGAGAGCGCGGCGGCGGCGGCGGCGGCUUCGGAGACGCUGCCGCUCCGUUUUCGCAGCCACCGCCCUGGCGAGUGCGCCGCGUCGGAGUGUAGCCUGCUGUGCGACGACCUCCACGCCGCUGGCUACCACCGCGUGCUUUUGGAGCCCAAUGUACGGGUAGCGUACGACUGGUCCAUUGCGCUGACGCUGUAUGGUAAUUUCGACCUGACGGCGCCGGAGAACGCGCCGGGGCUCCGUUACCGUCCUAUGGCCGCCGGCGACGCUCGGCAGGUGGAGGUGAGCUGGGGGGACGACUGGGUCCCCCGGGUUGCGGCGGGGGCGCGGUCUGUGGAGUGCUGUGGGAUUCAGGCGGGACGUCAGACGGCGAAUUUCGACAAGGGUUGUAGCCCGCGGGACAUGACCCGGAACUGGUGA